AUGUCGGAAGUGGGAAAGCCUCAGGGCCACUUGGCUCGCUGGGCAUGGGUCAUCGUGUUUGACGCGGCGGGUCUGGCGGUUCAGAACUGGAGCUUUGGUGGUUCUGCUCCCUGUCUGGAAGAUGGGAAAAAGCACCCCGGCCACCUGUUGCACGACUGUGCGGGUGCGUUCCUGGAUGCCGCUGUUGUGAAGCAGCUAGAGAGCGAAUGGAUCGCCCGAUGGCCCAUGGCAGGAGGCGACUGCUGA